AGUGUGAAACAAGAAGGCUUUCAGGUAGCAUAUGCCAACAAUUUUCAGUCAGCUCAGUGCCGUCGUGAAAACAACGACAAUUAUAACUGAGCUUUUCUAAAUUUUCUUCAAUUAAAAAAAAAAAGAAAAAAUUAAUCAGAUAUUUUCAUCAAUGAAAAACAAUUAAUUUUCAUUAAAAAAAUCAUCAUUAUAAAAAAAGAAAUUUUUGUUUUUUAAAUAUAUUUUAAAAUGUUAAUAAAUUGUAUGACGAUUAAUUUUUAUUUGUAAGGAUUAAAAAGUAAAAAAAAAUAUAUAUCGGAUUAGUGCAGAAAAUGAAAACGACUUAUCUCAGAAAAGCAAUUUUGAAUUGCUGGUAAAUUUAUUGGAUGUAUAUCCAGAGUAAAGUUUUACUGGACAAAGAUGAAAAUUAACAAAACAAAAUAAAAAAAAAAAAGACAUUUUAAUGGUCAAAUUAUGAAGUUUCACUGGACAGUUGGAUUGAAGUGAAUAUUAGCAAAACUUUUGACAGUAAAAUUGUGACUAAAUAAUUGGUGAAAAAAUGUCAAUACAAACAAGGCCAACCAGAGCUUCUGUUCAUCAUUCAAAAAAACCAAUAGUUAUUUAUCCACCAGUUUCACCAGAAAGUAUCAUUAUUCCAAUUGUAUCAUGUAUACUGGGAUUUCCCGUGUUGGCAUUACUAGUGAUAUGUUGUCUCAGAAGACGAGCAAAACUAGCAAGAGAAAGAGCACGUCGUCGAAACUACGACAUGGAUCAUGGAGCACUGAGUCUUGUUCGUUUUAGUCCAAUUCAUAGACUAGCUGGUGUUGAAAAAGCGACACGAGCAAUACAACUUAAAAGUGAAAGAAAUUCAAGAGCAAUGCCAUCAUUAGAACUAGACACUGUUAUUGAAGAACGUUCUGAUCCAGAAAUGAGUUCAGCAUUGGAAAUAAGUAGUCCAGAUUAACAUUUAGCUCCGGUACCGUCUAGAUCACCAAGAGGAUCAAAAACAAUGACGGUACCACCUCCAAUCGACCAUAGUCCACUAUGGACAGCUUUGACAAAUGCAAAUUCAGUGACAAAUAUUAAUGACGAUGAUGAUGAUGAUGAUACCUAACAUGAAGCCAACGAGAUUGCCAGUGGAAGUUUCAUUGGUGCUCUCGUUCUUGAAUUACCAAUAAUUUACUGACCCAAAAAAAAUGUUGAUAAAAAUACUGCUGAUUCAACACAUAUUUCUUGAUAUGAAAAAAAUUAUUGUCAAAAUAAUAAUGAUUCAAUUAAUGAUAAACAUUCAAAUGAUGAUGUACAUGUUGACAUUCAUUAGCACAAUUAUUUAAAUUAUAAAAAAUAUUAUUAUUAAUAAAUAUUUAUAGUGUAUAUGAAAUUUUUUGAUUUAAAAAUAUAUCAUAUCAAUAUAAAAAAUAACCAUGAUCCUCAUUUUGGAUAAUAAAAUUAAGAAAAAAAAAUUAAAGUGGCCUAUUAUAUAUACAUGUAUCGUGUGACAUUUAGAACAAUGAACCAACCAAAUAAAUAAAUAAUCAUAUAGAUGUAUGGAUAUUUAAUAAUAAUAAAAGCCAAUAUUAUUUUAGAUAAAAUAUUUGAUUGGUUUUUGUAAUAGCAUUAUGAUAAAUACAUACACACACCAAAUGUAGAUGAGAAAAAAAAAAAUUAUUAUACGCAUUUAUAAAAAGAAAAAAAAAUAUAUAAUAAUAAUAUAGAAAUAAUUAAUGAUAAACAAUGAUAAAAUUUACACACAGGGUUUAAAAAAAGAAGUAAAAAAACAAAUAUAUAUACGCACCGAUAAAUAAAAAUUGUAAACUUUGAUGUAAAUUGAUGUGUCAUUAUUAAAAUUAAAUUAUGUUUUUUUUUUUUAUAAGUUGUUAAAUAAUUGGAUAAAUUUUAAAUAUUGUUAAACAAAAUAUUACUUGAUUUGUUUUCUCUUUUUUUUUUUUUUUUUUGAUAACUAAUUUAAUGUAUUUUGGAAACGUUUCAUUGACGAGUUGAAUUAAUAUAAAAUUAAAUUAUAAUUAUUUUAAAAAUAUUUAUAUAAUGAUGAAAGCAUAAUAAAGAUUUAAAUUAAUUAUUUUUCCUUUUCAGUGUAUAAUUAUUUUGCGUGUAAUAUUACAUAUAAUAGCUUACUGGUUACUUAAAAUUAAUUCAACUGCGACAUGUCAAAAAAAAAAAUAAAUAAAACAUAGAUCUUUUAAAAUUUUCUUUUUCAAUUUGUUAACAUUCACUAUUUGUCGUUUUUAAUUUUAUUUUAAUCUGGUCACUUAUCUCUUUCAAAUACAAUAAUAAUUAAUGUUUUUUUAAAUACAAUUUUACUCUGAUGAUGAAUAAAAAUAUACAAGUUGGAUGUAGCUGAUAGCAAAUGAAAAAAAAAAAAGAUUAAAUGAUACAUGAAAUUCCAACUUGUUGGUUGAUCUGACCAGAUGAAAUAUAAAAAUUAAAAAAAAAAAAAAACAAUUGAUCUAUUUUAAUUGACAAA